AUGACCAGUUGUCGCAACCGUUUGUGGGACCGGGUAAAAUCGGCGGGUCCCGUACGGUACAGUUCGAGUUGUAUUGCCUUCUGUUCUGCUGAGACUCUUGACAGCGAGACCGUAAAGCCACGACUAAACACGGUGGGACUUUCGGAGUCACUUUGUACUGCCGAGAAGAUAAAUAUAAUAGGACUGACUCUGAACUGCUUUAGUUUUAUUUAUAUUAGUAGACCCGAUCUCGACGAACCGGCUGUUAUUUCUGAACAGACAAUCAAUGCUUUUUUAAGAGGACUUGAUACGCGCCGCGUGGGAACUGGGUUUCCGGACUCUGUACGAACGUGUUUGCUACACCAGAAAUUGCAGAUGAUUAACUGCUGCAUCGAGCGAAAAAAGCGCCGCAACGAGUUCGCCUCAAAGCCGCUAAAUAUUGACGACCAUUUUGACUCCGCAGAAGAAGAAUCAGAGGAAGAAUUUUUCGAGUGCGAGGAGGAAGCGUCGGUCCAAGAAGUCCAAGUUCACCGAAAAACUAAGCACUUGCUGUGGAACAAACCAACAGGUCGCCUGUCGAAGCACCCGUCUUUGAAGUUGCUGAAAACCGGGGAUGCCUUGUACUUGCCAGUGACCCAGGACCCGGUCCCCAAGACCGAGGACCAGCUGGAGGAGGACGCGCAGCUGAUGAUGCAGUUAGGAACUGACAAACAAGGCUCUGAAAUGCGAGCAAGGCUGAUGAGCGCUUCACUUUUGUCGGACAUGGAGUCCUUCAAGGCGAGUUCACUCUCUAUUAAAUUAAUUCCCGGAAUUAUUUACCCUAAUCCCGGAUCGGAACUCGAAGAUUUCAUACGCUGGUACUCGCCGAGAGACUGGAUCGAGGAGGAAGGUACCGAUCAAUGGGGACAGAUUAAUGGUAACUUAAUUUCUAAACACUUUUCAGUUCCAGACGAUUUUAAUACCGCUAUUUUGUUAUUUUCAGGACAUUUAUCGCCGCGAAUGAAAAUUCCGAAUAACCCGUGGGCGACCACCUGGAACUCGGCACAACCUGUACCGGCUCAUCGCCAAAAGCGUCUUUUUGAUGACACCAAGGAAGCUGAGAAGACUAUUCAGUUUUUGGCGUGCAGGCGCAUUGGGGAAAUUUGCCAACUCCUGAUGCCUGUGCUAGCUCAUGCGGCUCUACAAACACUUGCUCAACAUAAGCAACAGGCAAUUGCUAAAUUACCGGACAUAAUUAACGGAAUUACUACAAAGUUACAACGCGCCACCAAGUCUUUUCAUCUACAGACUCAUAUUUAUGAUGACAUCAUCAAUGAAAUAUCAACAAUAAAGGCCCUUUUGACGCAGUACAAUUCACUGAACAAUAAAUUUCCGGGAGAAAAUAAAGAAACAACAGCUUUCAUUAUAAAUCUAAUGGAAGGAAAAGAAGUUUCAAUUCCUGGUGGCGCACGAGGUCUUCUAGGAUUGAGAAUAACAGAAAUGUUUCGUAAUAGCCAAAAAGCUACUUAUAUGGUGGAGAUUCCAAGCAGCGGUUCCGGUAGGUCUGGAGCUGGAGAUGAGAAACAGAAGACGUUUCCCGAGCCCUCGUCCAAGGAAUUUAUCCUUCGAGGAGUGACACCCCGGCCUUCUCCGACCUCAGCACCGCAACCUCAGCGGCUGUAUGUCAAUCUCAAGAGAGAAUCCAUCAGACUCGCGGGAUUUUUCUCUGAAGAUACAACCUUUUUAUAA